CUGACCCGCCUUCCGACUUGGUCUCCUGUGGGCUCCGGAGGAAACCUUGAGCCUGAGUCCAGCUGCGAGUCAGUGACCCGGUACUGAGGCAAAGGAGGCCGGCUUCACCGAGAGGAGGGCAGCGAGGGCAGCGUGUCUCGGGUGUCAGUCAGAAAAUGGCUCCCAAAAUGGACUCUGCAACGAAAUUUUUAAUUUUCUUAGGAAAAUCACUGUUCGCUCUUCUGGAGACUCUGACUUUUACCUUAAUUCCAAAGCCAAGGAAGAAUGUUGCUGGUGAAAUCAUACUUGUAACAGGUGCUGGGAGUGGACUCGGAAGGCUUUUAGCCCUCAAAUUCGCCCGCCUCAGAGCUGUGCUUGUUCUCUGGGAUGUCAAUGAGGAGGGCAAUGAGGAGACACGCAGGAUGGCUCAGGACGAGGGAGCCACAAGAGCCUAUGCCUAUACCUGUGACUGCAGUCGAAAGGAAGAAGUGUAUAGAUUAGCUGAUCAGGUUAAAAAAGAAGUUGGUGAUGUUUCCAUACUAAUCAACAAUGCUGGCAUUGUAACAGGCAGGAAGUUCCUUAACUGCCCAGAUGAGCUUAUGGAAAAGUCUUUCGAUGUGAAUUUCAAAGCACAUUUAUGGACUUAUAAAGCCUUUCUGCCUGCUAUGAUUGCUAAUGACCAUGGACAUUUGGUUUGCAUUUCAAGUUCAGCUGGAUUAAUUGGAGUAAAUGGACUGGCAGAUUACUGUGCAAGUAAAUUUGCAGCCUUUGGAUUUGCUGAAUCUAUAUUUAUGGAACUAUUUGCUCAGAAAAUAACAGGGAUCAAAACCACUAUUGUGUGCCCAUUUUUUAUAAAAACUGGAAUGUUUGAAGGUUGUACUACUGGCUGUCCAUCUCUGUUACCAAUUUUGGAACCAGAGUAUGCAGUCAGAAAGAUAGUAGAUGCUAUCCUGCAGGAAAAAACGUACUUGUGUAUACCAAGGUUUAUAUACUUCAUGAUGUUUUUAAAAAGUAUCUUGCCCAUCAAGAUGGGACUGCUCUUGGCUGAAUAUAUGGGCAUCUUCAGUGUGAUGAAUGGCUUCACUGGAAAGAAGAAGAACUCUGGCUGAUGUCAUCUGAUACCUAAUGUUACACAUUGCUUAUUUCAAUGAAGAAAAGGAUUUUUUUUUCUGGUAGAAUAUACCUGGAGACUAUAAGUAUCAUUCGUGUUCUAUCUGGACUAGUAUUUUCAACCAAUACUUUUGAAAAUACCAGUAAUGUUACUAUCUGCUUUUAUGGUGAGAUUUUUAAAAUUAAUAAAAACAGCUCAUUUUUGUCAUCUCUGCUUGCAACAGAUAUGAGUGAAAGAAUCUUUUCACGUGCUGAGUGUUCAGCUGGAGUGCGUUCUCUCCAGAGGACACAGAACUCUGGAUUUCCUCUCACCUUGCUCUCAGCCUUGGUGUUUCUGAACCUCUGUGUGUCCCUUGGUGUAGAAAAAGCCAGCCUCCUGUGUCCCUCUUUCCAAAGCAGCCACAUAAAUGCUUAUGUCCACACACCCUGGAUGCUCACAGAGCAGGAGCACUCCCACUGAAAGCACAUCAGGUGCCAUGGGAGGGACCCUUCCUGUCCAUUCCCUGAAAUCCCUAGUAGGCAGUGACCAUAGAUCAAACUCUUGAUGGAAUCCAUUUUUUCCUAAAGAGAUCAAAGAAUGGUUGCUUCUUACUCUGAAAAUGACAUUCUACUGAAUUAAAUGAAAUUCUACCUAUUAAUCCAGAAAACACAUUCAUGUGGUUAAUUUCAAGUAUUUAGUAUUUCAAGUUGGGAUUCAUGUUGUAUUUUUCCACAGGAUGGACAAUUUUAUGCAUUUGUAUUCAUGGGUGCUUCCUUCAUUUCAGAUUGAUUGUAUUCUUACAGUUUAAUCAACUGGCCAACUGCUUUUAUGCUUUGGAGAUUCACCAUAAAAGCAAGAUUAAGAGAACUGUGUUAAUCACCAUACCCUGGAAUGCCUUCCCAGGCUGGACAGGGCACCUGCCUUGCAAGAAAAACAGCAUCUUUUGUCUCUUAUUUUCUUUGGCGUGGGGAGCAGGAAGGGAUGAGGGGUACCUUGGAAGACCCCUUUGAGAGUCAAAAGAGCUUAAAUAUCAUGGGGGUAAGUUGCUCUUAGAGCAACAACAGGAAUGUAGAGUCCAGAAUCUGCUGUGCACUGAUUUAUCUUGAGCUGUCUGUCUGAUUCUGACAACUCUGCUCCUGUGUUUCCUUUCCAUUCAGAAAGUCUUUCAAAAAACUUGUUUUAUGAUAAUAAAAGGAAUAGCUAAUA